UGAUCAACAAGUUUUACACCUGUAUUAUUAUUUGUCACAAGUACAAUGUGUUAAAUUUAACACAAAUUUUUCAACUGUAACAAAAACUUGAUUAAUAAAAUUGUAAAUAAAUAAUUAUUGUUAAUAGAAAUCUACAUGAAUCAAGAGGAAGAAAUAGCGGGAAGAGAUCAAAUAGAAAAUUAUUGAAUAAAUAGUUGUGAUACAUGUCAUCAUUACGCAUGAAUACUUAACAUAUGUUAUGCUACUUAAUUUAUUGUAAUCAAUCUAUCAAGAUGAUGAUGAUGAUGAUGAUAAUGAUGGAAAUCAUCAGUGCAGUGAGAUUUAAAAAGUUGGAUAUUGAAUCAGUGUCAAGUCCGCCAGUUAAUCCAGACCCAGAGUGUAUGACAGAUAAGAGCGCGCGGGAGCUAUGCUUUACCUUCCAAUCGCUUUCAAAUGACUUUUACUGUGUCAUUUCAUCGGGCAAGACUCGUGUACUGUUACUGAACUUGCUGUUUAUCCUUGUGUUCAUGCGAUUGAACAAUAAGCUAAUCAAUAAUUUCAAAAACAAGCACUCAGUGAAGAGAAAAAAAAGUCACGGUGAGAAGUGAUAAUAGAAUUGAUUUAAGUGUUACAGUGAAAGUUAAAAAAUAAACCAGCUGUUAUAUUAAAAAUUCGAGUUGACGUAUGUUGGGAUAUAAUAUAUUAUAAGACCAUGGAUAUUAAAGAAGGGAACGAUAAUUUGAAAGAACAUCAUGACUAUGGAAGUGUACAGAAAAAGUGGUCUGAAGGAGAAGAAGAAAUGGACGAAGCUGUCGGUUGGAAAUUUUGGAAGAAACGACGUUAUGUUGUUGGAGUGCUGGCAUUUUUUGGAUUUUUUACUUCGUAUAUAUUACGGGUUAAUUUAAGUGUUGCGAUUGUCGCGAUGACAUCAAGUUCCUCUGGGAAUGAAGCAGAGUUUAAUUGGGAUUCAAAGCUCCAGGGGCUAGUUCUCAGUUCAUUUUUUUACGGAUACAUAAGCACGCAAUUACUUGGUGGAUGGCUCAGUGCGCGCAUUGGCGGCAAAAGAGUAUUUGGAAUUGGAAUUGCAGUUACCGCGCUCUUAACAUUGAUCACGCCGCCUUUAACGCGACAUAGUGUUUAUGUUCUUAUUGCCUUGCGAAUAAUCGAAGGAAUAUUUGAGGGUGUAACGUAUCCAUGUAUUCAUUCCAUAUGGGCAAACUGGGCUCCACCUUUAGAGAGGUCUAAACUCGCGACCCUCGCAUUCUCGGGCAGUUUUGUUGGCACAGUUUUUGCUAUGCCCGCAUGUGGAAUUAUGGCUGAACGUCUGGGCUGGCCAUCAGUAUUCUAUAUUUUCGGAGCCAUAGGUUUGGUUUGGUUCGCUUUCUGGUGGCAUAUUGUCACCGAUAAACCAGAAGAUGAUCCGAAAAUAUCACAAUCUGAGCUUGAUUACAUUAAAAGAUCACUCGGUAACAGUAAUCAACAAAAGACAAUUUCGCAUCCAUGGAAAUCAAUACUGACUUCACCAGCAGUUUGGGCAAUCGUAGCAGCACACUUCAGCGAAAACUGGGGUUUCUACACGAUGCUUACUCAACUGCCGACAUUUAUGAGCGAUGUGCUGAACUUUAAGCUCGAAAAAACCGGAUUUUUCUCAGCCGUUCCUUAUCUAGUAAUGUCUAUUGUAUUACAAUGCUCUGGACAUCUCGCUGACCAUUUGCGAUCGAAAAAUAUUCUCAGUACUACUCAUGUUCGUAAAAUAUUUACGUGUGGAGCUUUUUUGAGUCAGACUAUAUUUAUGAUACUUGCUGGAUUUACAGCGACAUCGACAAGUGCUGUUACUUGUCUCGCUGUUGCUGUUGGUCUCGGUGGUUUCGCUUGGUCAGGGUUCAGCGUAAAUCAUUUGGAUAUUGCCCCACAACAUGCGAGUGUUUUAAUGGGAAUAGGAAAUACAAUCGCAACUCUUCCUGGUAUCGUUAGUCCUUUGAUUACCGGUUACAUCGUUCAAAAUAAGACUGCCGCUGAAUGGAGAAUAGUAUUGAUAAUCGCAGGAACAAUUUAUCUAAUCGGUGCUGUAAUUUACGGUCUGUUCGCAUCAGGUGAACGACAACAUUGGGCUCGUGAGAAAAAUAAUGACGAUUUAAAAGCAUACAGUAACCCUGCAUUAGAUAGUGAUUCUCAUUUAUAGACUAAUUAUUUUGUAUCUUUAAUACACAGAUAAAAAUUUGUUGAAUAAAUUUUGUUUUUUAAAUAAUAA